AUGGGAGAACAUAAUUCUGGACGUCUUGCCGCUGUAGUGGUGUCUUUUGCCGCUUAUGUGAUAAGUUUGAUGUUCAAUGCGCUGUCUGUUGUUGGACUCCCUCCUUUUGGUACCACAACAGCCAAUGUGUCGGCUGUGUUCGACACCCAGAUCACACCUUCAGGAUGGACUUUUAACAUCUGGAGUGUCAUCUAUGUCUGGCUGACAGCAAUGAUUAUCUACAUCUUCAGUGGAAUUUGCAGAAGGAAUGGAUACGGCUUUGUAUACUGCAGCCCUGCUGUGUUGCCUUAUGGAUUCUUCAUUAGCUGGUGCCUCAACAUGUGUUUCAAUAUCAGCUGGCUGGUUGUUUGGGACAGGGGAGUGAUGAUUGCUGCACUGGUUUUCCUCAUCCUGGUCAUCUGCACAAACUACUCCAUGGUAUUCUUCACCUGCCAUGGACUUCAUAUUUAUGGACCCUGGCUGCAGAAAUACCACAAAGUAGACUUGUGGCUCCUCCGUGUGCUGGUUCAGAAUGGUGUGAUGAUAUACACAACAUGGACAACCAUUGCAACACUAAUCAACCUGACCAUUGUACUGACCUAUGAUGCAAAGAUGUCCCCAGAGGAUGCUGCCACCAUCUCGUACUCUUGUUUGGCUGUUGUGCUGCUGGUGUGGUUUGUUGUGGAAAACCUUGCCCUUGACAAACACGUGCGGUACAUCCUCGUCACCUACCCUGUUGUGAUCUGGGCCCUGUCUGGAAACCUGGACAAGAACUUCAAUGCUAAUGCACUCAGCCUCAAUGGCGUCUUUAUUGCUGUGCUGCUGGCUAUAGCCUGUGCACUGUUUGUCGUUCGGAUUAUUUUGGUGGUUUGGAGACACUUCCAUGAGCCGCUGUACACAGAUGUCAGCCCUGAAGCCCUGGAGCCCAAGACGGUUGCUGGGAAGCAGAAAAAGAUAUUUCGAUAA